AUGGAGUCUCAUAAGAUGAGUAACCGUCUUGCCUCGAGAGAAGUAGAGGGCUCUCUCUCGAGCAAAGGACGCGACGAGGCAAACCUCGCCCGCUUGGGAAAGCGCUCCGUUUUAAAGCGCAACUUUGGUUAUUUAGCUGUUCUGGGGUUCAGCACUACCAUAUUGAUUACUUGGGAGGGCCUUUUCACCACAUUUCUGCAGCCCCUGCAAAAUGGCGGCCCUGCCGGCGCAGUUUAUGGCUAUAUCUUCGUUUGGGCAGGCACCGCUGCAAUCUUCGCUAUGCUGUCCGAAAUGGUUUCUAUGGCUCCAACUGCUGGUGGCCAAUACCAUUGGUGUUCCAUGCUUGCAGCACCUAGAGCGAGCAAGUUUUCGAGUUAUGUCACGGGCUGGCUCACUGUAGUCGGCUGGCAGGCUACGUUUAGCACUGCGUGCUACCUGUCAGGGACUAUCAUCCAGGGCCUUAUCGCCCUGUCAAACGCUAACUACGUCCCUCACCCAUGGCACUCGACCCUCCUAUACUGGUCCGUCGUCGCAUUCGGACUGGUGAUAAAUACUGUCGGCGGAUCAAGCCUCCUCGCUAAAUUCGAAGGGCUCAUCUUGGUACUACAUGUGAUCGGUUUCUUUGCCGUUCUUAUUCCAUUGGUCUACAUGUCCGAUCACGGCAGUGCCAAAGAUGUGUUUGCAAUCUGGGUUAACGAUGGUGCCUUUGAAACCCAGGGAGUUUCGUUUUUCGUCGGACUCAUCGGUGUUGUUUUUGCAUUUGCAGGUGGCGAUGCUGCGGUCCAUAUGGCCGAAGAAACACAGAAUGCGCCGAAGAUCGUCCCUAUUUCUAUCAUGUUCAGCGUUGUACUGAAUGGCGUUCUCGGAUUUAGCAUGCUGAUCGCCUCGCUAUUCUGCCUCGGAAACCUCGAUGAGGAUAUUAAUUCACCUACGGGAUAUCCGUUCAUGGCAAUCUUCCUACAGGGAACCGGUUCGGUAGCAGGAGCAACCACGAUGGCUUCCAUUGUCAGCGUCAUGGCUAUUUGUGCUACAACCGGAAUGCUAGCGACCGCGUCGCGCAUGUUCUGGGCUUUCUCACGGGAUCGUGGUAUCCCAGGCUGGCGACUCUGGAGCCAAGUGUCACCACGUUCUGGCGUACCGGUGAACGCCGUCAUAUUUACUGCUACUGUGUCCGUUCUGCUAGGUUUGAUUCCACUUGGGUCUCCUGUGGCAUUCAAUGACCUCACUUCCAUGUCCACGUCUGGUCUUUAUUUGUCCUACAUGGUCUGCUGUAUUUUGCUGCUGUAUCGUCGCUGCACAGGUGGUAUUAUCGACCCGAGCGAAUCCGAGGCUGUUAGCAGUCCAGCGGCCGACGACGCACAAAUCGUCAACACCGUCGGCGCAACCCUCAUUUGGGGACCGUUUCAUAUCAAGGGAAUUGUUGGAAUUGUCAUCAAUGUAUUCGCCAUUGUAUAUAUGAUGAUCACUGUGUUUUUCAGCUUCUGGCCACCGACAGCCGAGGUGACUACCUCGACAAUGAAUUACAGUGCUGUUGGGACAGUAGGAACAAUGUUUUUGAGCUUCGUGUACUAUUUUGUCCGAGCACGACAUGUUUAUGAGGGGCCGAUUGUAGAGAUCUAA